ACCAAGCCCAAAGGUAAAGUGUCAGUCUGUCAGUGUCAGAGAUAUCGAAAAAGUCUGAAGUUAACUUGACAACAACAGUUUCAAGUAUCCAGGUUAUUAUUUCAUACUAUGUUUUGGUGAUACUUACGGCUAUAAAUAGACUUGAACUCAUUAUAUAAGAGUGCAGACAUGCUGACUGAAUUAAGACCCAAGAAAGAACUGUUAGACCCCAACUUUGGUGGGUAUAAGUUGUCUCUGGACUCUAUCCCAGUCUACCGUCAGAGUAUCAAUGAAGGAGCAGACCAUGUGUGUCAGAGUGAAGACCAGUACUCCUUCAUACACACGAAGGUGUUCUCCCUACACAACCACCUGUUCUGUGACCCUUGGCACAACAAUACUGUAUUCUUAGUCGACAAGGGCUGGAAUGUUCUCAAAGCUACUAUUAAUUCAGAGACAGGUCGGCUGGAGGCCCUACAGACUGUGUGGAAAAUACCAGGUCAGACACACAGAAAAUCAGGCCACUACAAUGUCAGUAUCCUGCUGCCCAGUAGUCAGGUUGUGGUAGUGACAGAUGGCUGUGGCUGGUUACACACUCUGAGUCGUGCAGAUGACAGCCAAUGGCAGGUAGAGUUGAGCAGUGAAGUUGUGGCCGGUGUCCUACUGUCAGCCCGUACAGUUGCUGACACAUUACACUGUGUGCUGAUGACACUGGAGACCCAAACUGCUGAGGAAGUGAUAAGUGCUGGCCCCCGGAGAUCAGAUAAGCCUAAACCUGCUGUAGUCAACACUAUUCUCCAUUGGGUUGUGUUUACCAAAGACAGCGAGGGGGUGUGGUCAGAAUCCUGCAAGCGACAGUUGGAGGGAGCUGGCUCUGUCGACUACGUUGCUCUGGAAGUGUCCGGAUCCGCUCUGUAUAUUGAUAGCAAUGCAAACUUCAAGUUCACCUCAGAUUCUGCUAAUCCUCUACCUCCACCUGAAGAAAAAAUGGAAAUAGAGGAGCAGAAUUUAUAUGUUUGGGAGCAGACCAAGGAUGACGUGAAGGUAACUGUGGAAGUUGGGCCCAAAGUGACCAGAGAUGACGUGGAAGUCUCAGUAACUGAGGGGCAGUUGACUAUACGAUGUGGGCAGCAAUUAAUAGUGUCUGGUGCUCUCAGCCGAGCUGUGGACCAGAGCCUGACCACUUGGACACUACAACCAAACAGGCUGGAAGUGAUUCUUGUGAAGCAAGACUCUGGUAUGAUGUGGCCUGAGCUAGUAAAAGGAGACACCAGAGGUCAGCAGAUCCUGGAUCCUGAUGUGGUGGAGGAUGUGCACAACCGCCUCAGCCACCUCUGCAGUGACACUGAGGUACAGGAGGCAGGAGAGGGUUUUGCACCAACCUUUAAUCUGGAUCAGCUGGAGGAUUGUGACACGGCUCCAGAAGACAGCUGGAGUCUGCUCAGGCUGGAAGCUGAGUCACAUUCCAUAACCCACCAGAUAUCUCUGGCUGGACACCAGUGGUUAAUGGCAGUGAGUGAGGGUCCUGACAGGGUCCCGAGCAUGUGCGUGAGACAUGACGUGGAUGGGUGUGUUUGGCGUUUAGAGCCACCUACCACUGAAGACUGGCCGUGUCAUCAUGUCGGCACAUUCUACGCUCUCGGCUAUGUUGCAGCCUCUAAACAGCAGAAGAAAUUCAUGCUGGCUGCUCCAGACCUGUCCUACACUGUGAUCUGUGAGGCCACCAGCCACGUGUUUGUCUACAGAAAAUCCAGUACUGUAGAGGGAGAGCUGCGGAACCGCAAGACAUCUACUAAGAUCCCCACUGUUGCCAAACAACAGCUCAUCAACUUGGAGUCUUCUUCCUCUAUACUUGGAGCCUGUGCUACCAACUCGCAUCUCUUUAUACUAACAACAGAAACUCUGUACUGUUUCCAUAUUCAAUAAAGCUAGAUUCUUUUUCUCUUUGUA